GUCGCGUGGCCCAGCGUCGGCGUGACGGUUGGACGCGGGCGCGGCACUGCGGGUCCCGAUUGCUGCAGCCGCUUGUCAGUGUGAUGAAGAUUGGCACCCAGACUGCUUUUGCUCUUGACUCAAGAUGAUUUGAUGUCUUGUAAUAAAACUCAUUAACCAUGAUGGCUACACAGACAUUAAGUAUAGACAGCUAUCAAGAUGGGCAACAAAUGCAAGUAGUAACAGAGUUAAAAACGGAGCAAGAUCCUAACUGCUCUGAGCCUGAUGCAGAAGGAGUGAGCCCUCCCCCUGUUGAAUCUCAGACGCCAAUGGAUGCAGACAAGCAGGCCAUUUAUAGGCAUCCACUGUUCCCACUGUUAGCUUUGUUGUUUGAAAAAUGUGAGCAAUCUACACAGGGCUCUGAAGGCACAACUUCGGCCAGUUUUGAUGUGGACAUUGAAAAUUUUGUAAGGAAGCAAGAAAAAGAAGGAAAGCCUUUCUUUUGUGAAGAUCCAGAAACUGACAAUUUAAUGGUAAAAGCUAUCCAAGUUUUGCGGAUUCAUCUUCUUGAGCUAGAAAAAGUUAAUGAACUCUGCAAAGAUUUCUGCAGCCGGUACAUUGCUUGUCUAAAAACAAAAAUGAACAGUGAGACUCUGUUGAGUGGAGAACCCGGAAGUCCAUAUUCCCCUGUCCAAUCCCAGCAGAUCCCGAGUGCCAUCACUGGCACACUCAGCCCCCAGGGAAUCGUGUUGCCUGCAUCUGCCCUGCAACAGGGAAACGUAACCAUGGCAACAGUGGCAGGUGGCACAGUUUACCAGCCUGUCACAGUGGUCACUCCACAAGGUCAAGUAGUGACACAGGCGCUGUCGCCGGGGACAGUUAGGAUCCAGAAUUCACAGCUUCAGCUACAAUUAAAUCAGGAUCUCAGCAUCCUACAUCCAGAUGACGGCUCAUCUAAGAAUAAGCGUGGUGUCCUGCCAAAGCAUGCCACAAAUGUGAUGCGGUCGUGGCUUUUCCAGCACAUUGGGCACCCCUACCCUACAGAGGAUGAGAAAAAACAGAUUGCUGCUCAGACAAAUCUGACACUACUACAGGUUAAUAACUGGUUCAUCAAUGCUAGACGAAGGAUUCUUCAGCCAAUGUUGGACUCCAGCUGUUCAGAAACUCCAAAAACAAAGAAAAAAACUGCUCAGAACCGACCAGUUCAGAGGUUCUGGCCCGACUCCAUUGCAUCAGGAGUUGCCCAGGCAGCGCCGAAUGAGCUCACCAUGUCAGAAGGAGCAGUCGUCACAAUCACGGCACCAGUGAACAUGAAUGUGGACAGCCUCCAGUCUCUGACCUCGGACGGGGCCACCCUUGCAGUGCAACAGGUCAUGAUGGCAGGCCAGAGCGAGGAUGAGUCUGUGGACAGCACGGAGGAUGAUGGGAGCGAGCUCACUACCACCCACAUCAGCGGGCUGGUCUUGGAGAACAGCGACUCCCUGCAGUAGGGCAGGAGGGGGCACCGCAGCCAGGACAAGGAGCUGACUCACCUGACUUUUUAUAGUUUGCACAGCAAACAUUUUACACAAGUUUUAUUUCUAAUAUGUUUUAUAUGUAGAUAUAGAAGAGUGCACUUUUGUAUUUCA